GAGAAAGAAGAAACAAGUUGUUUCAUUCCGCUACCAUGGAAAUGGAAGAUGGGGAAGUGGUUGAAUGUAUAGAUGAUAUUGUUGAAAUUCUUGAAGACCCAAAACAACUCAAAGGAAGACAUGAUGCUCAGCAAGCUGUCAACAAACUAAAACAGUUGAAGGAAAGCAAAUUUGUAAUAACAACCAACGAUGAGGCAGAUGUAUGUAAAGAGGCAAUAAUGUGUGUAACCCAAAAGGCAGAGGAGUUGAAACAAAUGAUUGAAGAAGUAAAGGAUUUCAAUGAAAGAGUACAAAACCUUGAAACAAACAUGUCUGAAAAGGUGGAGGAAUUAACAACAGACCUUUGUAAAAGAAUCGGAAAAGUGGAAUCAGACGUUUCUGUUUUGAAAUCAGAUGUUUCUGCUGUGACAGAAGUAUACCAUUUUCUUAUGAUAUCACUUUUGUUAUACAUUUCUAUAUUAUCCUCAUUUGACCACUGUCAAAGUGAGUGUUUGUGAUCAACUGAUGCAUGUAUCAGACUCUUAUUAUUAGUGCAUUUACAAUUUUCAUUCCGGAUGAUAGUAGUUCUAUUUCCAAUGUUCAAUAAUAACUUAAUUUACAUAAAAAGAAAAGAAAAAAAAAUUACUACCCA